AUGUCGGCCCUGAUUAAUGCCCUUAUAAAGGAGACCCGAGGGAGCAUGUUUGCACUUCUGGAGACGGUUUUAAGCACGUGUGCACAAAGCCUGGCGCACGUCAGGGGCCGCAGUCACCGGGCAAGGCUAUCCCGUCCACGCUCUGAGAGUCAGUCGCACCAUUCCCCACCCGUCAGCAGCGCGGUGGCUCGGCCCCCGUGGAGCCCCUGCGAACUUCCUGCCAUCAGCCCGGACGCGGGCUCUGACCCCCGUCAGAGGCGAACCGCGCUUGCAGAAGAGCAUCCUGUCUCUCUGCUAUCCCGAGCUACAGCCCGGCGACAGACUACGACGCACCACGCGGGUUUUGAAAAUCCGGUGGUCAACCUGUACCCCGGAAGUGAGGGCUAUUCUCUGAUGCUCAGGGACGCCGAGACACCCUCUCCAGAAAGCAUCCGGCUGCCUUACGACCAGCGGGAGUUCCUCGAGUUCCUGGAUGCCGAAGAGUUGCCUCCCGUCUUGGUCGAUAGCCUGGAAAGAGCUCGGGCUAACGUCUUUCACCGCGGCUGUGUCCUGGCGGAAGUCCGCGACUACAGGCAGUGCAGCAAGGCGGGGCCUCCCGCUUACCACAGCAAGCACAUUCUCCUCCGCCCCACCAUGCAGACUUUACUCUGUGACGUGCAGUCCGUGAGCAGCGGCCACGAGGAGUGGACCCAGGAGGACAAGCUCACCCUGGAGAGCCAGCUGAUCCUAGCUACAGCAGAACCCCUGUGUCUGGAGCCCUCAGUGGCCGUGGCCUGCGCUACCAACCGCCUGCUGUACAACAGGCAGAAGAUGAAUACCAGCCCCAUGAGGCGGUGCUUCAGGAGGUGUUCUGAGUCCUCGCUGGCUCAGCGGCAGCAGCAGCAGCUGGCCCCCCGUCCUCCCGUCCCUGAGCCCAGAGGAUCGCCUGGGUCCGGAAGCCGGGAGGCCGGGGGAGCAGCUCCCCAUUCGCCCGACCUGCGAGCUCCGCAGGCAGAAGGUGACCUAGGCGCGUGGAAACAGGCACCCGGCGACUUGGCUGUGCCUUCCGACGUGGACGUGCAGAAAUGCACUCGAGGGGAAGGGUCUUUCAGCUCCGAUGACUCCCCACGCACCAUCUGGCCAGCUCCGGAGGAAGAUGACUGUGAGCUCGCGGGGGAAGCCGGCCCCGGGUCCUGGGCCACGAAGCUGAGCGUCAUGCAGUCGCUUAACGAUCCCGUGUUCUGCGACACAGCCCCACAGUGUAAGCGAGCCGGGUGCGGAGAUGGGCUGUGUCCUCCCCUCCUCCCCGCAGACCCGCGUGCCCAGGGUGUCCUGCAUGGUGUAAGGUGGAUGCCCGGGUGGCGGCGGUCAGCAGCGGGCCCCGGGCUGCAGGAGAGCCGCCUGUGCAGGCCGGCGGCCUGUUGCCCCAGUGGCUCAGCGGCUGUCUCCUCACCCUGUUCGGGGAAGCCACUGGAAGAGGGCAUGGCUGGCUGUGCGGGGCGGGGCUCCACGCGGGGACAGGGAGUGAAACGUGGGGCUGGCCAGCGCAGAGUUCGCAGGAAGUUGUCUGCAGGUCCCCGUCGACCAGUCAGCACGCUGCUUCCUGCCGGCCCCACCCCAGCCAAGUCAUCGCAGAGACCCCCAGCCACCCAGGUCCUGGCCAGGUCCAGCGGCGGGAACGUCGUGAACGUGGGGGCCGUGGCCCCUGGAGUGCCGGCAGUGGUGAGUGACUCAGUGCCUGCUGCGGGCCGUCUCGGUGCAGCCCGGGCCAGCACAGCCAUCAGUGGCCUGACACCCUCUGCAGGGCAGCUGCCGAGCGCACUGCCUGAGGCCACAGAGCCCUGUCCACAGGCCCAGGUGAGCCUUCAGCUGGUUUUAAACAGCCCUGCCACUGUGCUGCAGCUGCAGCUGCCGUGUGGCUCGUUCAUUCUGAACUUGCAGCAGCAGCCACAGCAGCCACAGCGGCCACGGCGGCCACGGCAGCCACAAAGGCUGCAGCAGCCGCCGCCACCCCAGCUCUGUCAGGUGGCUGUCCAACAGCUUCAGCCACCUAGGGCUUCUCAGCCCCCACAGCCCGUGCCCCAGGGCUCUGGCCCAGGCGCGGGCCAGCAGGUAUGGGCUCUGGAGGCUCAGCAAGCCCUUCUCAUCAGCAUCGGCCAAGCCAGAGGUGAUGUGCCGCCCCAGACAACCGUGGCGGGUCAGCUUGGCCCUGCCCAGGGACGAGCUGGGCAGAGCCUCCCCCAGCAGCAGUCCCGGCUCCCCUCCACCUUGCAGCCGCCAGGGUUCCAACUGAGGCAGCAGCGCAGGCCCGUGGCACCAGCCACAGCCCAGGAGGCUCAGCCCUGUCCGCAGGUGAGGAGCACACACCAGUCCAAAGGGAAAGCCCGGAGGAACAGCACAGCGCCCCCGCCUUCCUGA